CUUUCUUUUUUCUUUCUUUUUUUCUUUCAUUCUUUUUUAAUUACAAUCUCUUUUGUGAAGAUCUACUUGCUCUAUCCCACAUUGUAGUUGUUGCUGUUGAUUUUCUCUGUUAUCGUGAAUCAAUAUCUUUACAUUUUUUCGUGACGUCGUGACGUAAUAUAAAUCUGAAUAAGAGUUGACCAUUUCACCUUAAACAGUGAACUGUCAAGGGUAAACGGUAAACGAUGACCUCUCUGAUAAACGAUGAUUCUAGUAUAAAUACUGGCAAAGAACUAGAAAAGGUUAGUCAAGCAAGAUGGCGUUUCUUUCAAUUUGUCUCCUAUUAUGUCUCUGCCAGACAUUAGUUAAAAGUGAUGUGGGAUUUGAUAUGUUUUUCACCACGAAUCUUGACGAGAUGUCGGACUCACCAAUAGUAUUUGAUAAACCUUUGCCAACAUGGCUUCGUGGAAGUCUGAUCAGAAAUGGUAUUGGUCGAUUCGAAAUCGGUAAACGUCAUGUGACUACUGCAUUAGACGCCUAUGCUAAACUCUCAAAAUGGACGUUCAGCAACAAUACUUUAAUGAAUACGGCCCGUUUUUCGACUAAGUUUGUCCAGUCUAAUUCGUAUAACAAGUCGGUUGCCGCCGGAGACAUCAUCCCUUACAUGAUGCUGGCAGCGACGGACCCGCCUUUCGCACCCUGGCAAACGAUGGAAUCUAUGGUAUACGGUGCUGAUAAUAUGAAUGUUAAUGUAUUCAAUUACGGAGACGGCAGAAAUAACAGUGAGGGAUUCGUUAUAACCAGUGACUUUUGGAAUAGCUAUGGGAUUGAUCCUCACACUCUGAAUGUAAGAAAACCAAUCAAACCGCCGGUUCCAGGGGCACCAACGUACGAUAAAAUGAUUGUUCUCGGCUGCGCGCAUUCACUUCCAGAGCAUGGUACCAACAACCAUAUCACGUUUGUAUCCCUUGCAAGCGCCAUUCCAGGUCUUAAGAGCAAAUAUGUGUUUUACAGAGCAACAUCUGACGAAGAAAGAGAAAAGAUAGCCGAGAUAGAAGUCGACAAAAUAUCGUACAUUCACUCAUUCGCGUUAACUAAGAAUUAUAUGAUACUUGUUGCGGCACCUUUGUUUAUCGAUCCCAUGAGGAUUUUCCGUACUUUAUCACCGCAAGAUGCAAUGGCCUGGGAACCAAACACGGGAGUACAAUUUCACACUGUCAAUUUAAAAACAGGCUUCGUAGACACGUUUGUAUCUGAAAACUUCUUCUUUUUACAUCAUAUUAAUUCAUUUGAAAACGACUUUGGAGAGCUUGUAAUGGAUUUAGUUACGUAUAAAAAUGGCAACGCCUUGGACAUCAUGGACCUCAAAAAUUUAAUAAAUGCGACAACGAGGUCUAUGUUCAAACCUCCCCUGAUUAAAAGAUACACACUGAACAUGCGCAGUAGAACCAUUGGUAUUAAUACGUUUGAAGAUCUUUCACCAAGCGUUCCAUAUGCAUCUACAAUAGACUUUCCAACCAUUAACGAAAAUUACCGAUUUGAGAAGUAUUGUUACGUUUACGGCGUUGUAUAUUCAGUCAACGGCACGGACUUUUUUGAUAUGGCGUUAGUAAAAAAGGACCUCUGCACGGGGAAAACAGAUAAGGUUUGGUAUAAGAAGGGAAGUUACUUUAAUGAGGCACUUUUCGUUCCUAGACCUGGUGCAGUGGAUGAAGAUGAUGGAGUUCUUUUAGUUGAUAUACUGGAUACGACAACAAAGGAGUCUGCCAUGGUUAUUUUUGACGCUAAUACAUUGAAAAUAACAACCAGCGCUCUAUUGCCUACAAACAACCCAUUUGGAACACAUGGGCGAUUCUUUCCUGAAAUUUUGUGAGAAAUUACACUUUUAACUAUGCAGAUAAGUGCUACAAGAAGAAAGUGUUGCGUAUGUCAGUUACAUAUGCAUUUCAAAAUUCAGUAGAUGUAUAUAUUUCUGUAUCACAAAUUUUGUAACAACCUUUAUUGCCAAUAUCAUAAUAGUUUUAUAGUCAGGCCAACGGAUCCGUCGUCAUUGCAUGUACCGAUUGCCAAACGAGUGUUUUGAUAUAUGUACAAAUACCCAGUUACUACGCGCAAACUUUUAUAUUCGUCGUCGAGAAGUCGACCUUGAUACAUGUGAUAAUGUGUGAAGCAUGUGGCAUUUCCUGAUAUUUCAAUCGUUAUCAAAUGCUUGUGUACACUUCCUUUUACUGUUAAAUGUUUUGAAA